CAAAUCACGUACAUUGAAUGAGAAUGCAUGGCCCUACUGACUUUGCACUUUGCACCACAUAUAUAAACAGGAAGUAUGAGCAAAUUAGCACAUAUAGAUCGAAUAAUUAAAGUAUGAAAACAAAUAUAUAAUACAAUUUGAUUAAGGUGCCUUAGAUAAUUCAGUCAAUCCAUAAGUCUUCAUAUUGUUGGUCACUUUGAUGUAUAAUCUCUAUUCUCUAGCUUAAACUAAAUUUACACUAUGGAUUUUCUAACACCACUCUUCUUAUUAGUCCUUCAAUUCAUCUUCAUUUCAUUGAUUCCCAAAACAUCUGCCCAGUUCCAAUUCCUCUACAGCAAAUGUGGAAACACCGGUUUCUACACCCCGAACAGCACUUACCAAUCCAAUCUCAAAACAGUCCUCAACUCUCUUUCAACCACUCAAGUGACAAAUGGCUACUACAACCUCACCGUGGGGCAAAAGCCCGACAAAGUCGAAGCUAUGGUCCUCUGUAGGGGAGAUGUCCCGGUGAAUACUUGUCGCCUUUGUAUGCGUGACUCGGCUGCCAAUCUCCCAUUGUUCUGUCCGAAUCAAGCACAGGCAUUUGGGUACUCCGAUCACUGCAUAAUCUUUUACUCAAACAACGCUACUUUUCACGUUGUAAGAGAUAGGCCAAGGUGGGGUCUAUGGAAUGGUAAUAAUGUUUCUGAUAUCAUAGGGUUCAACAAUACACUUACUGCCUUAAUGAAGAACUUGCAGAAUCAGGCUUCUUCAGAAAAUUCUGAACUGAAAUCUGCUUCUGGACAGACUAAUCUUACUGGUACAAAUAAAACAAUGUAUGGGCUUGUGCAGUGUUCUCCUGAUUUGUCUAGGCAUGAUUGUGUCGUGUGUGUACAGGAUCUAUUCAGUUUCUUUCCAAGGUGGUUUGUUACGCCUACAUUUACAGCUGCAGGAGCAAGAGUGAUAACGCCCAGCUGCAAUCUUCGGUAUGAAAUCUACAGUUUUUAUGGUAAUGUAACUGAUGUAGGUCUUCCGUCAUCACCACCCCCACUGCUACCACCACCAUCAUUUGUAUCAAACAGAAGUACUACUGCAAAAGUUGAACAGAGCAAAAAGUCUCAUACCACCAUUUUCAUCGUUCUCCCAAUCCUUGGGUCCCUAGUACUCAUCAUAAUCAUAGCCUCAAUCGGUUUCACACUAAGGAAGAAGAAGCUAAAACAGUCAACCACAAAAAUUAACAAAGAAGAAAUUGAAACUCUCCAGUCCUUGCAAUACAGUAUUGGAACCAUCAAGGUUGCAACAGAUGAUUUUUCAGAUAAUAAUUAUCUUGGAGAAGGUGGAUUUGGUACUGUUUAUAAGGGGAAGCUACCUGAUCACCAAGAAAUAGCAGUAAAGAGGCUAGCAAGGAAUUCAGUUCAAGGAGAUUUACAGUUUAAGAAUGAAAUUCUGAUAUUAGCUAAGCUUCAGCAUAGGAAUCUAGUGAGGCUUCUAGGAUUCUGCUUGGAAGAAGAUGAAAUGCUUCUAAUUUACGAGUUUGUGACCAACAAAAGCCUUGACAACUUCCUAUUUGAUACUAUGCAAGGUAAAUCUAUGCCAUGGGAAACACGUUACAAAAUCAUUAACGGCAUUGCAAGAGGGCUUCUUUACCUUCAUGAAGACUCUAGACUGCGCAUUAUUCAUCGGGACCUUAAAGCUGGUAAUGUUCUACUAGAUGCAGAAUUCAACCCAAAGAUUGCAGAUUUUGGCAUGGCAAGGUUGUUUAACAUUGACCAGACUCAGGCAGCAGCAAGCAGGAUUGUUGGAACCUAUGGAUACAUGGCACCCGAGUAUGUGCUCCAUGGUCACGUCUCAAUGAAGUCCGAUGUCUUCAGUUUUGGUGUACUUAUCCUAGAGAUUGUAAGCGGUCAAAGGAUUAGCUCUUUCCAAAUUGGAGAAAAUCCCGAAAAUCUGCUUACUUUUGCAUGGAAAAAUUGGCUAGAAGGGAAAGCUUGGAAUCUUGUUGAUCCUACAUUAUCUCCUGCAUUUAGUACAGAGAUAUUGAGAUGCAUACACAUCGGUUUGCUGUGUGUCCAGCAUAACAUGGCAGACAGACCUUCUAUGUCUUUGGUUGAGCUUAUGCUAAGUAGCUCUUCUCUUUCUCUCCAGGUGCCUUCACAACCAGCUUUUUUCACUCGAAGCCAUACACCAGCUAAUGCAACCUCUCAAGGGAAUACCUCAGGUCAAUCUACUAGUAGAAUGUUUGAGUGUUCAAUAAAUGAGGUUUCUAUGACAGAAAUCUACCCUCGAUAGUACAACCCUACUACUUGAAGCUUCUGAUAGAUGAACAUCCUUAUAAACUAUUUACAUGAUUAAAGUUUCAGUUUUUUUUAGUCCAUACGACUCUGAAAUAAUCUAUGAGAGCAAGAAAGCAGGGGCUUGCAAUAGAGUUGCUAUGAACAGUUAUGGCUGUACAUAGAAGUGAUGCAGAGGAAAGAAGUACAGCAGCCAACAGGGAACAGGUUCCAUUCAGCUUUAUAAUUUAGCUGUAGAGGUGUAUUAUUUAAACAACCUUCUUCAUUUUAAGGCAUUUUAGGAAGAUUAAGAGGUGUGUACAAAUGCAUUGGUUCAUUUGAUCAUUAUUUAUGUAUUGUGAAGAUUGAAAGACCCAUUCAGUUAAUUGAAUCCUUAACCUAAAAUGUAAGAAUAUGGCUGGCAUAAUUUCAAUCAUCUGGGAUAAAUGAGAAGCAUUGUUUGAAGGAAAUGCAGAAGUUUUGUCAGAGAUUUCAAUCAACAGAGUAAUUAAAGUCUUAUAGGUUAUGCUAGACUAAAAUAAAUCACAAGUAUAUGUUGAUGCUACAAGAGAUGUAAGCUUCCAUUUUUGAGAAAUAACACAAGACACAAAGCACAUGAUUAGCUUAAGGCUACAUGACUACAUCUCUCAAUCUGCUACUACGUCAGUCACAUUUUACACUACAUAAUCUAUAUUUAUGCACCAAUACAAAGAAGUGGAGAAAGAUAUGGCAUAAAAAAGUGGACAAAGUCCAUAACAUACCAGAAUAUAUGAAUUCAUAGAGACUUGAUGCUACAUUUACACUAAAACUUCUACUACCUAUGUAAUCUUACUGGUGCACAGUGUAGUAAAAUAUUCAAGCAUUCUAAAUUUCAAACAAACUAAGAAAGACGAGUACACUUUGAGCAAAACUGCAAAACAACAUGAACCUUUCAUGGUUUAGAAAGGUUCUACAUAUGUUUUGUUUUACGAGAUCAAGAAUCAUUGAUAUUAAAAAGGCCUUCGAUUCAAAGCAUUUGUUUUAUAACAGAGAAAACUACGGAAACAUGAGUACCCUGUUUUAUGUUUUGUUUUCCAAGAUCAUCCAUCACUUGUUCACAGAAUGGACAUUAUUUAAGAAAAUAAUGCAGAAAGUCUUGUAAGAACACAGAUUAAAACAA